UUUCCAGCGUCUUCGGUUAUUUGUAACCUCUCAGCAAUUGGGCAAAAUUGUCGUGAAUAUUUGUCAAUCAUUGCUGUAAUUAUUAUAUAUUAUAUGUAACAGACAAAAAAUGCAAUAUUUGAUGCAUAAUGUCGAAUGAAAUAAAUACAAGUUUGUUAGUGAUAGUACUGGAUGUAAAUCCAGUGCAAAGGAUAGUUAAGCAAGAAACCAAGAUAUUGUCACAAUGUUUGGACUCUGCAAUUGUUUUUGCCAAUGCUCAUCUCAUGCAAUCAUCCAACAAUGAAUUAGCAGUGAUGGCAUGUCAUGGUCAUAGUGCUAAGUUUCUCUAUCCAUGUGAGAAUGCAGCAGAAAUCAGACAGAUAGAUGGUCAAUAUGAACGAUUUACAAUGGUGGAACGUACAGUACGUCUGCAAUUACAGAAAGUUAUCAACGAGCUUUCUACGGAUACUCCAUUGAAUACUGAAAGCCUUAUUUCUGGUGCACUUAGCAUGGCACUAUGUUAUAUUGCCCGGCUGGAGCGUGACAAGGUUGCUGGUCAGAAACUGCAUCCCAGAAUAUUGGUGAUUACUGCCAGUAAUGAUUCUGCUACACAGUAUAUGAAUUACAUGAAUAUAUUCUUCACGGCACAAAAGAUGAAUGUUAUUCUAGAUGUGUGUAGUUUGGAUCAGGAACUGACACUUUUACAACAGGGCUGUGAUAUCACUGGUGGCAAUUACUUGAAGGUGCCACAACUUGCUGGUUUGCUGCAGUAUUUAUUGUGGGUUUUUCUACCAGAUCCUAAUGUUAGAUCAAAAUUAGUUCUUCCGCCGCCAGUUAAAGUCGAUUAUAGAGCAGCAUGUUUCUGUCAUCAGGAACUUAUUGACAUUGGAUAUGUCUGUUCCAUAUGUUUAUCAGUUUUUUGCAAGUUCAGUCCAAUAUGCACAACUUGUCACACGGUGUUCAAAAUGCCAGGACCCAUACCGAUGAAGAUGAAGAAGAAAAAAAAGACCAUAGAUAUCGUUCAUUAGGUUCUAAUUAUAUUUUAUCAUAUUUUCAUAUUCAUGAUUACAUUGUUUAAAAUAAAAGGAGCUUAAAUGUUGAAUUGCUCAUCCUGUCGCUAUGAUGUGAUUCGUGUAUCUUGUGAUUCAUUAACUGUGAUACGACUAUGCGUCGACGAAUUUUGAGGCAACACA